UCACAUUAUUUCAUUCGUUAUUCAUUUCGCUGAUUCAUUCAUGGCACAGAUCACAUCAGCGCGUUCACUUUACCAUGAGUGUCAAAGUCAGGGGCAGUGUGGCAAGCAUACACUAAACAACUUGUUACAAGGACCUGUCUUUUCGACAUCGGACCUAGAUAUGAUUGCAGAGAAGCUUCGUCAAGUUGCACAGGAGAGUCUUCAACGGACAAUAUGGAAGAAUCCAUACAAAAGCCCCUUGGGUAUGGGCUACUACGAUGUCACCGUACUUGAGGCGGCGCUGAACCAACAGGGCUGUACACUAUCGUGGUUUGACGCUCGACGAGAUAUUGCAGAAUGCCUAAGCCAACAGGACGAUUCAAUGCUCGGGCUAAUAGUUCAUGUCCCUACAAUGACUCGAUGGUUGCCCUUUUGGAAAGGACAGCAUUGGUUUGGAAUACUUCGUCUCUCUAAUGGGGCAUUUAUCGACUUGGAUUCGAGGCUUUCACAACCGACGCCCUUUGCUGGAUUUGAUGAUGCGAUAGCGUUUCUUAAUAAAGUCCUACAAAACGGAGGGCGCCUGUUCUUGAUUCACCGCGAUCAAGAGAUUUCCUCAGAAUUCGCAGGAACUGCAGAAGGAACGUUGCCAGCUGUAGAGGCUGUGGAGCCAGAGAAUUUGGCUCCACCAACCUCUGAAGCAUCCAUGUCCUUGACAGAAAGCCCAAGCACGCCAAAAGUGCAUCCAGACUCAGAAUCCGUGGCUACACAACCAAUAUCAUAAUUUUUCUUCUUUCUUUUACUCUUCCUUACUUUACCUGUUAUAUUCAUUACUUGCUUUUCUGAAUGGUACAAAUAAUUAAUAGAAUACCAACUUGAACAGUUGCAAAAAGUAUAGUAAUUAGCUUUGACUUGAGCAUUGAUUGAUUUGAUAGACUGACACCAGAACAGUCAACUGUCAAAUAAAGUAUCCAAUUGGAUCAGCUGC